AUGAGUGGCCACUCUCCCGAUGAACGCACUCUCUCCUCAACAUCAUCUUCCUAUGGGGGAUCGCUGUUUGAAAGGCUUGAACAUCCGAAUGUGGAUAUUAAGAGGAGAAGCAUGGCAAAUAUUUUGAAUAAAUUUAAAUAUGGUUUGAUGAGUGCGGAAAUGUUGGAAAAUGAUGAAAAUGUUCUUACUGCCCUUCUCAAAUGGUUCAACAAUAAUCCUUGUUUUUAUUAUAGACAAGUCAUACAACUCGUAUGUGAAUUUGCUAAGAGAAAAACAAGUGCUUCAAUUUUAAUUGAAAUUGGGGCCAUCGGAUUCUUUCAAACUCUUCGACUCUAUGCACCUGAAGAUAUUUAUGCAGAUGUUGAUUUCAUAGUGGGUCAAUUAAAAGCAUUCAGAAAAGAGAUGGAAAGCCAGGAGGUCUCAACAACUGUCACAACAGAGACGAGGCAAGUGGAACCUCACGUUCACGAGGAAAUGCAACGCUAUCAUCCUACCUCAUCUCAACACAAUUAUUCCCUCGAAUCAACAUCUCAACCCAUCCAGAAACGCAUGACAGUUAAAAAAAUUGCACUUAUGGAGUCAGACAAGCAAUAUCUUUUUGAAAUUAACAUUCGAUUACAACAACGACGUUCGGAAAUAAUUCAGGAAGCUCUACAAGAGCUAAAAAAAUCUCCCCUUACAGAAUUUCCUAUUGAAUGCCUUGUUCAAAAUUCUGAUAUUAUUCGGUCACUCACCUUAAUUCUUCAAAAUGAUCAUCCACUACAAAUUGAACACGACGUUAUUUCAUGCCUAUGUACCAUAUUUGAAAAACUUUCGUUGAAAAUUCAAGAUAAUGACGUUCAAGAAGCUGAUUCCGUAUUAAUUGAUUUUAAUUCUCUUGUAUUUAUUUUAAAAUACAUGUAUUCCAAGCUGAGGAGCGCAUGUAAACGAAAAAUAUCGCUAAUUGGAAAAUGUAACGAUGUGCUAAAACAUGUAGUGGAUUGUUUUUGUGAGCCUAUUUCAGAAUUGGAUAAGUUAAUUGUUGUUGAAAGCUCUGUCAAUAUUUUGCAAGACCUUAUUUGUUGGAUCAGUGAAACAAUGGAUUCCAUUGACAAGUACAAAAUUUUAGAUUUACUAGCUCACUUGUUGUCUAAAUGUGAUUCAACAUUGCUUUGUAAAAUCUCGUCAGUGCUCAUGCCGACCAUAGAAGCAUUUGUUUUUGACCCUGUAUUGCACCUUUCAUUUCCAAAUAUUCAUUCAAAAGCCUGUGCACAAUUGAAGCGACUUGAUCCAACAACAUUCAAAGAAUAUCUUUCCACUUUCCAAUUCAUUGAAUCCUUAAAUUGCUUUGACGAAAUAACACUUGAAAGUGAACUGAAACCUCUCUCUAGUGCUAUUGAGCAUUUGGAACGAGUUAAAACAGCAAUUCCGGCGCUCUUGCUGUGCCAAGAAAAAAAUGGCUUGGAACGCCUUCUUCAAGAAUUGUUUGUAUCUGCAGAAUUUUUGGAAGACAUUUGUCCUUGCCAAACUCUUCUCAAGAUACUCCUUUCACAUCAAUCAGAAGCAGUUAGAGCCUACACUAUACAUUUUAUCUCGGAGGAUCUACAUUUUUUCUUUGAGAAAUUAGCAUCAGAUGAAUUAAUUUACUUGAUUUGUUUGCACUUUUUCCGAACCAACUCAUCAACACCUUUAACAGCAUUGGUUCAAAUUAUUCAACAUAAUCCCAAGUCAAUCAAAUUAUUUUCGUCAUUCAUUCCGCUAUUACAAUGCCUGUUACAUUAUUGUGAAAUUGUCGGGAAAACAGAUGGUAUUGAUGAAUUUUUAUUGGCAUUACAUUUAUUUGAGCGAGUCAUGUCAAAAAACGAGCUUAUUGCGUACAAUAUUCGAUUUUUAUUUCAUAAGUACAAAUGGAUUCGAGAGGCUGCAUCUACCAAUUUAAAAACACUAUUAAUGAACGAGCCAACAACAUAUGGCUCAGACCUGUUUGACUUUGGUGAGAGCGACCCAUUGAUGAGUAUAUAUUUGGACGACAUUGAGUACAUUUUUGAGACUAACUCAACAACAACAGAUCUUGCUUCAAACGAGGAAGUUCAAAGUCUACUGUCGUUAUUCAGAGAGACGAAAGAUUUCGAAAUUUUUAAGUCUGUCACUUCGCAGCUAUUCAACAUUGUUAAGGCAAAUAACACCGUAAAAGACAUGUUUAAUCAGGAAUUUUUGCAAUUGGCCCUUCUAAAGUUGUCAGAAUAUACAUGUACAGAACUGUUGUCUCUAUUGUUUGUGGUGGUUGUCAAUGUUUCUUGCCCAGUGUUUUGCUCCUUAUCGGGAAUGCUUCUUCUCUCGCCAUUACUGUUCCACAAGGACAUGUUAACGAGAAAAUUAGCAUUUAAAAUCCUGAGCGUAGCAGCUUUUUCAAAAGACUUGUUUAUUAGAGAAGUGAAGGAUAUGAUCGUCUCUUUGAACAAUCCCCAUAAUUCCAGAAUUUCAUUACCUAGUCUAGUAUUAACGAAUUUCUAUGACAUCAAUAAUUCAUCACCGUUUGAGAUUGAAUGCAGCCAUGAACACAACAAGAUAUCGACGCGAGCACUUCAUUUUGCAAGGAUUGUCAAAUUAUUUGUUGACAAACAACUCGAGAAGGAUGCAAUUCUUAAAGACAACCCACAACUACUUGUCCUCAAAGAAAUUCAUCCAGAUUUUCACAUUAAUUUAGCCUUAACGAAACUGUCUCAAUCAAGAAGUCAUAGCGAAUUUUUGACAAACCUACAUUUUUUGCAGGAUUACCUACUUCUUGAUGAUUCUUGUAUGAGAAAAUUCGAGGAAAGCGACUGGAGAAGAGUGUUUUUAAAGUUCUUACAUAAGACUCCAACGAGCCAAGCUGAUGAUCUCGUAUUGGAAAAUCUUAUUGAAUUCUUUUCUGAGAUAUUCACACACCACGUACCGGAUAAGGACACUAUAACAGAGUUGGCGUACUGCUAUUGCAAAAAUUUUUGUGAAAUUUUUUACAUCGAAUCUUCUCAAUCACAGAUCGAGAGGAAGGGAACUCGUUGCACCUUGUUGAAAUUCUUGUGCUCGUGUUUGGAAUUUUUGUGCUCAUUUGGCUGCAGGGACGAACUGAAGCUACUACUGAAUGAUGAAUACCUAUUAAUCUCGUUGAAAAGAUAUAUUGAGCAAAAGAAAAGCUACGACCUUCGCAUCCUUGCAUUAAGAUGUGUAUGCAUUGCAGUCCUGAGUGGAGAACCCUUUUCUACAGAAAACAUGGAACUAAUCAAGUCCUUAUUUACAAACUUAUUCCAGUUGGUACAAGAAGAGCAAGAAAAUGUUGAAAAUGGUAUUUACCAAAAGUCUCACUUUCUAACAAUGGCGCUUUAUACACUUUGCUCUCUAUCGUCAGUUCUUAGACAAUGUAAAAUAUCUACGUUCGAUUUGACGAAUUUAGAGCAAAUGGAAGAAUUGAUUUUCUCAAAACAACUUCUCAUUAGAACGUCAGGAUUCCAGAUUAUUUCCAAUGGAAUUAUCAACUCCCAGAAACUGGAAGCUCUUUGCGGACACAAUCGACAACUCAUUGAUUUGAUCAUAUCAAGAAUUUCCAGCAAUGAUAGCGAGUCGUCAAAAGAAGGAGCACUCUGGACUCUAUGCAAAGUACUUUCAGUGAGCUCUGCUCCAUUCGAUUCAUUUAUUGAGAAAAUUCCUUUCAUAGAAUUGUUCAAACUUCCAACGCAUCAAUUUUUAGAGCCUACAACCUCUCUUCUUUACACAAUCCUGAAAAAGGAUCCAUCCUCACAAAGCAAAAUUUUAAUGGAAAAAGUGGCCUUGUCCUUCUUACUCAGUAGCCUCAAAGCCGUUUCCAACAUGGAGACUCACACAACAAGUACCCUUAAUUCUUUACAAAAUCUACUAUUGGUACUGAUACAAAUUGUUGAGAAUAAUAAGGAUUUAUCAACAUACUUGAUUAAGGAGACGGUGAUUUUUGAGUGCAUGCUACAGAUUAUUCAUUCGCUUCAUCACACUCUGUCCAAUGAGAAUUUCCAAUCAGUUAUGGAGCUCGCCUUGGUAAUCAUGAACAACCUUGUUUCAAAUAUCAAGGGCGAUAGUGUCUCUGACUAUGUGAGCUCGAGAGAAGGGUUGCUACAAGCGCUGCUCAUAUGCUUGAACGAGAACAAUUGCUCAAAUCUUCGCUUGACAACUUGUAAAUUGUUGACCACGUUGCUUGGAAGAAAAUGUUUUCCAAUACGGGCUUCUUCUGAGAAAUGUGACGCAAUUAUUUCGAGACUUGUUUCUCUUUAUACAUCAAUGGAAGAUGCUUUUUUCAUGGAUGAAGUUAUGGAUGGUCUAAACAUUGUGGGAAAAGCUUUGGCGUGGCUGCUCUCCGCCUAUGGAAAGAAUUGUCAAGCAUCUACUCAACGAGAAUUAUCGCUGGCACUCGUUAGCUUUAAUAAGAGACUUUCCUCAUCUCUCUCCAUUGAAUCUAUUCGAAGAAAUAAUAAGGAGAUUGGAGGCAGUGAACGAUUGAAAGAACAGCUUUGUCUCAAUUUAACUAUAUUACAGCAAUUGCUGAUAGGAACGGAAGCCAAGAAAGUUUGCACCACAGAGUGUAAUAUUAUUCAAGAGUUCAAACUUAUGUGGUUCUCCAACUAUGCUGACAAUGAUUUGAAAAUGCUCAUUGGCUUGGUUAUGAAUAAUUUAUUUUGUGGAAAUGAGAGAGCUAAAAUUGAUGUUGCUACCGAUCUCAAUAAGCACCAAGCCAGUGCAUGGAUUGUGGAUCUCGUUUCUCAAGCAACCUCUCUCAAGACCAAGCUCAGCUCUACCAUGACAUUUUUCAAUUUGCUGACAGUACUGGUUUCCUCGGCUGAGGUUAGAUUUUCCAUGAUCAAGUAUUUAGUUUUUGAAGGAAUGAUCAAGUCCAUGAAAGACAAUUUCAUUAGAAAGAAAGAUGACAACCGAUUAGAAUACUGUCUGUGCAUGUUUUCUCACUUGUCAUUCUUUGAAGAUUGUCAUGAGCUACUCCUUAACAAAGACACGGUCGAUCAAAUGGUAGAUCAACUCGUGAAAUCUCCGAACGAGAAUGUGAAAGAGUAUAUCAUGCUAAUUUUUAGAAAUUUGUUAUUCUGUAAGAGCAUUAGUACCUUAAUACUACGAGUUGAAGAGUUAGUCGUGACAGCACUUCGUCUGUGUAAUCAAUGCCCGAACAAUGUCAAGUUGCAAUCCUACUGCACAAGUUUCAUAUUUACAUAUCUUUCAUUAUAUUUGGAUGUAAGUGUUGUUAUUUAUCAUUGA